CACGAUCCUUACCACGAUAAUACCGCUACGCAAGCGACCGAUUUAGACCGGGACUUGGAGUUCGGUCUUUGCUAUUGCUGGUAUCGUGGGUCCGGUUAUUGGCGGUGCUUUGACGCAGCAUGUCACUUGGCGAUGGUGCUUUUAUAUCAACUUACCUAUAGGUGGCGCCGGCGCCGUGAUAUUCUUUUUCCUAGUCCAUCUCGAGCCCGCCCCGACGGAAAAUACUCCGCUUCGCAAUAAACUAGAAGGGGCUUGAUAUAGUCGGCUUCGUACUGCUCGGCAGCGCAAUCGUAAUGCUUCUGCUUGCGCUUCAAUGGGACGGAAUCACAUACGCUUGGUCUUCGUCAAUCGUUAUUAGGCUGUUCGUCGGUGCCGGAGUAAUCUUGAUGCUCUUCAUCCCUUGGCAGAUCUACCAGAAAGACAAGGCCUUGAUACCGCCGAGAUUAUUCUCCAUCAACCGGAAACCCGGGCUAAUAUGUGCAGCAUCGUUCUUCAUCAAUAGACCCUUCCAACUCAUCAUCUAUUGGCUACCUAUUUGGUUCCAGGCCGUAUUGGGAACCUCGCCAACACAGAGCGGUGUCAAUUAUUUCCCUACAGUUAUUACCGACGUCCUCGCCGCAUUCAUUGGUUCAGGCAUCGUCAUGUAGUUGGGAUGGUGGAACCCCCUUCUCUUAUCUGGAGAAGCUAUGGUAUGUCUCGGCGGUGGCUUGCUUAUCACACUAUACCCCGAGAUCUCGACAAAGAGUAAACAAAGUCCGGCUCAAGUCAGCGAAAGGAGGGACGCAGUUUAGUUAGUAUCUUCACAGCUUCACAGCUAGAAGACGAAGCUCGCG